CACCCACCUUGCCCGGCCGCACCCCUGCGCAUCGGCAUGUCGGCACUCGAGUGGUAUGCCCACAAGUCUCUGGGCGAUGGCAUCUUCUGGAUUCAAGAACGGUUCUACGAGUCAGGCAACCGGGCCAACAUCUGGCUGGUGCGCGGCUCGGAGCAGGACGUGGUGAUCGACACGGGCCUGGGGCUACGCAGCCUCCCGGAGUACCUCUACUCCUCCGGCCUCUUGCAGGAUUGUGGUGCCAAAGAGGAUGCAGGACGUCGGCCGCUGCUGGCCGUGGCCACCCACGUGCACUUUGAUCACUCCGGCGGGCUCUAUCAGUUCGACCAGGUGGCUGUGCACCGCGCCGAAGCCGAGGCCCUGGCUCGCGGGGACAACUUUGAGACCGUGACCUGGCUCUCUGACAGCGAGGUGGUGCGGGCGCCCAGCCCUGGCUGGAGGGCCAGGCAAUUCCGAGUGCAGGCAGUGCAACCCACCCUCAUUCUGCAGGAUGGGGAUGUGAUCAACCUUGGCGACAGACAGCUCACUGUUAUGCACAUGCCAGGUCACUCCAGAGGCAGUAUUUGCUUACAUGAUAAAGACCGCAAGGUACUCUUCAGUGGUGACGUCGUGUAUGAUGGAUCACUGAUUGACUGGCUCCCAUACAGCAGGAUCAGUGACUAUGUUGGAACUUGUGAACGUCUCAUAGAGUUGGUGGACAGAGGUCUUGUGGAGAAGGUGCUUCCUGGGCACUUCAAUACCUUUGGUGCUGAAAGGCUGUUUCGUUUAGCUUCUAACUAUAUUUCAAAAGCUGGGAUAUGCCACAAAGUGUCUACUUUUGCCAUGAGAUCUCUUGCAAGUUUAGCUCUCCGUGUAACAAAUCCUAGGACCUCACCCUAGUAUCUACACUGGUCAUUUGUUUAUAUUAACUGUAUAAAUUAACCCAGUUCCCCUGUGUUGUUGGAAAGUUACUAGUGAGCAUUUCAAAAAGUGCUUUAAUAUCACCAUUGUAUGUUAGAGAAAAAGAGGAUUAAGGAGGAAGAAAAAAUAAACAGUCUGAGCUUAGUAUCUUUUUCUUUUCUCCAAGGAAUAAGCCACUUAAGAAAGCUUGUUAUUGGCCAGUGCUGUCUUUCAGAGUGUGUUCUGACCGUGCUGUGGGUGCUCCAGGCAGCAAGGAUGCACUUAUGCAGCACAAGCAGCUGCCCUUGCCCCAUAGUUUAUUUCCCUAGAUACUGAGGGGAAAUGGUAUGGGAAAUGAUUGGGGGGGGGGGGCUCUAUGCUUACACUGUAAACUUCAUUUUAUCUCCGGAUUUUAUUUAAAGAUAAAGUUUCUUGGGUUCAAAAAUAAAGUAGAACUCAGUAUAAACUAGCAUUUAGAAUGACAGCUACAACAGCCCAUGUUUGUGAUUGUAUUUCUCCUUUUUUAUUGUUAAUUCUUUAUAUAAGUAUAAGGCACAUAACAUGCUAUAUAAUUUAAGGAAUGAACAGUACAAUGGAUUUGUGUCUUACUGCAAAGCUUUAAUGUAAAUUGCAGAGCACUUCAGUGAAAAGCUACUGUUGUUGUUAUUGUGCAAGUAAUAUUUUCAGUCAUGAACAUGAAAUUCAAAUGUAUGUUACCUAUAUAUAAAUUGUCAGAUUUCUUAAAAGGACACUGUCAGGCAAUUUGAAAAUAAACAUAUUGAUAAUAAUUUUUUAUUAUAUCCUAUUUUAGUAUUAAUAGAUACUAUAAACAAA